ACUGUGUGACUCCCCCCAAGGCAGGCAGAGAGGAACUCGGAAUAGGAUCCAAGAGCACUGCAGAUAAAGGAGCACAGACAGGACAGCUCAGCAGAGAGAGAAAGAGAGAGAGGGGGAGAAAGGACAUACAGUCAGACUCUAGCCAGGACAGCAUCUUAGUGGCUACCCACUGGAUACUCGCAAUGCACCAGAACUGAAAAUCCAACCAACCAGAGGUACUAUGGCUGCUGGAUUGAGAUUGGGUUUCUUUAUGUGGUUGCUGCUCUGUUGUUGUCAACUGAUCACAUCCAAAGAGGGGAAAUCCACAAAGAAAGGAAAGAAAGGCAAGCAAGUUGUCUGUCCAGCCCAGUUGUCCCCAGAAGAUUUGGCCCAGGUUCCAGCUAACUCCACCUCCAACAUCUUGAACCGUCUGAUGGUCAGUUAUGACCCGAGAAUAAGACCUAACUUCCAAGGUAUCCCGGUUGAGUCGAAGGUAAACAUCUUCAUUAAUAGCUUUGGGUCCAUCCAGGAGACCACUAUGGAUUACAGAAUAAAUAUAUUUCUUCGUCAGAGAUGGAAUGAUCCGCGCCUACGACUUCCAACUGACUUUAAGAGUGAAGCACUAACAGUUGAUCCCAAGAUGUUCCAGUGUUUGUGGAAACCAGACCUUUUCUUUGCCAACGAGAAAUCGGCUAACUUCCAUGAUGUUACACAGGACAAUAUUCUUCUGUUCAUCUUUAGGAAUGGCGAUGUCUUGAUCAGCAUGAGGCUGUCGGUGACGCUGUCUUGUCCCUUGGAUCUUAAACUCUUCCCGAUGGACACGCAGCUGUGUAAGAUGCAGCUGGAGAGCUUUGGAUAUACCACCAGUGAUCUUGUGUUUAUGUGGCAGUCUGACCCAGUUCAGAUGGAUGAGAUUGCUCUUCCUCAGUUUGAUAUUAAACAAGAGGACAUCAAAUAUGGAAACUGCACAAAGUUCUACCAAGGAACAGGAUACUACACCUGUGUUGAAGUGAUUUUUACAUUGCGUCGGCAGGUUGGUUUCUAUUUGAUGGGAGUGUAUGCCCCAACUUUGUUGAUUGUUGUUUUGUCCUGGUUAUCAUUCUGGAUAAACCCUGAUGCUUCAGCUGCAAGGGUGCCACUGGGUAUAUUAUCAGUACUCUCUCUGUCCAGUGAGAGUAUGCUCUUGGCAUCUGAGCUACCAAAGGUUUCCUAUGUAAAGGCUAUUGAUAUUUGGCUCAUCACCUGUCUUCUUUUUGGGUUUUCGUCACUUGUGGAAUAUGCUGUGGUGCAGGUGAUGCUGAACAGCCCCAAACGAAUUGAGGAGGAGAAAACUAAAAUGGCCAACAAGGAAAAAGCUUUGAGAGAGAAAGAAGGGAAGAUGGAGUCAAAUAAAACUAACACAGUGAAUGGGACAGGUGGAACACCCAUACAUGUAAACACAUUGCAGGUGGUUGAAACGCGCUGUAAGAAAGUUUGCACCUCUAAGUCGGACCUUCGAUCGAAUGACUUCAGCAUCGUGGGAUCUUUACCUCGAGAUUUUGAACUUUCCAACUUUGACUGUUAUGGUAAAGCAGUCGAAGUGACCGGAGCCCUCAAGUCCCAAAACAAAAGUAACAAGAAACCCCCACCACCUAAAGCUGUCAUACCUGCUGCUGCAAAACGCGUUGACCUCUAUGCAAGAGCCCUCUUCCCUUUCUCCUUCCUCUUCUUCAAUGUUGUCUACUGGUCGGUCUAUUUGUGAGAGGGGGAGAAGGGUGGUAAUAAAAUGGUUUGUAUCCUGAUACACACUGAUCAAACUGAUAUUCAUAUUACAUUGAACUGAAAAUAGACAUUGAAACUUCAAAUGCACAACUCUAUACUGAUAAAAUAAAGAUUUUCAGCAUUUCAUGAUCAUUAAGUAUCACAGACGGCUCUGGUUUCUAAGAGUAACUGUAAAAUCAGGCGGCUGUGCUGAGGGUUAGUAGAGUAGUCUUUGAUACUUAAUGAACCAGGAGGUCGACGGCUCGAAUCCCACCCCAUGCCGAAGUGUCCUUGGGCAAGAUGCUGAACCCUGAAUGUCCCCUCAUAGAUGUUGAAUGCACUAAUUGGAAGUCGCUUUGGAUAAAAGCGUCAGCUAAAUGACAUGUAAUGUAAAGUGGCUCAACUAUAAAGUCUUGGGGCUGUUGUCUUGAGUCCCCUUUAAAUCUAUGCAUUUAGUAAGCAAUGCAUGCUUCAUCAUUUUGUGCUUAAUGUGAACUAAACCUUGAUGUGCUUCCUCCAAUACCCCAAAGCUGUAUAUUAUGUAGAAAAUAAAUGCUUUACAAAGAGGGUAACAUUACUGGUAACAACAAAAAUACUAACACAAUCAGCAAAUAGAAAAAAUAUAUAAACAUUUAUAAAAAUACUACUUACCAUACCAUAAUGCUUCUACAAUGAUAAGACCUAAUAUGUGCGCUACGAGAUCCGUGUGAAGCAGAUAAUAUGAAGAUAUAACAACAUAUUUCUCAAAUUAGUUUUCAUCAUUUAACAAGAUGAAGUGAUAGUAUAUUGUGAAAACAAUAAGGUUAAGAUUUGUUGUGUAGUAAAAUAAGAAAAAAUUAUAUGAAUAAUAUAAUGUAGAUUGAAGCACCUAUGAAAAAUAAAAUAUCUUGGAACAUUAAAUGAUGUUGCCAUGGCUUGAACGGUCACAUAACACAGGAUCAUGUUGGGAUAAAGUAGCUUGAAUCUGCACAUUGUGGUAUGUUUGAACUAUACAUGCAUACAUUUCACAUGUAAGUAUAUCAUCCUAAGAAUUACAAAGAUGCCUCCUGGAGCCCUAAGCCAAACCCAAUAGGGAGACAGUCUUUUUGAAUUUAAUGUGCAGUUUUGGAAGAAUUAUUUCCCACACUUUAACAAAGUCCUCCUAAAUAAGAAUGAGGUUGAUCAACACUGAUCUAUUGAUAAGAGUAAUGUUGAUGGAUAUUGAUCAGAUCAAUGCGCCACUGUUUGGACUUGCAAGUAUUUCAAUAAAUAGAUACGAAAUUUAGAA